CAGCUAGUAAAUUAUAAAAUUAUCCAGUAAUGUAUUCCAGCCAAUGAGUUUUGUGUUAUGUAAAACUUACCGGUUUGGCGGGCACAGCCAAAUGCACACAAUUUGGUCAUUAUUUUAAAUGUAUAUUGUCGCGGAGAACCUAACGGGUAACCGGGGCUCCGGCUCGACGUGCAGGAGAAGGAACGGGGUAGUUUUUAGUCAGUAA